UUUGUUUUGUUUGCUAUGUUCCUGCACACUAUUGAGCUCUGCUUCUGCGGCUUUAAGUUUAUUGGCUGGGCAGGGCUCUGUCAUUUUCUGUCUGUCCUGAGCUGCAGCUGCUCGCACCAUCUACUAACAGGAGUUAUGUCCAGGUCAACUGAAGAAAAAAACGCCCCUUUCACCUUUAGUUUUGGACCACAUGUUAAGAUACCAUCACUCGGAGGAGCUCCAGCUGCUUCAGUCCAGCCUGCUUUAAGCACAAAAAUUCCCACCAAAGAUGCUGAUAGCCAAGUCAAAAAUAUCAGUUCUACAGAGAGAAAGGAGCCAGUACCUCAGUUUACAUUCCUAGGCCAACCAAGGUUGGAAUCUCCAUGGAGAAACAUGGCGUGGACAGAAGAGAGAAAGACAAGCUUGAUGGAGACGAUCAGCUCCUACAGACCGAGCUGUGAGGAGGUGCCUCAGGCCCGGGUUCUCCUCCUGGGCCCGGUCAGUUCUGGAAAGUCUAGCUUCAUCAGUUCAGUCCAGUCUGUGUUUAAUGGAAGAGUUACCAACCGGGCCAUGGUGGGCUCCUGCUCAACCAGUUUCACCAAAAAGCUGCAGUCCUUCCAGAUUCGGGGUCAGAAAGGAGAGGAUCGUACUGGGCUGGUGCUGUGUGAUAUCAUGGGUCUGGGGGAUGAUGGGAUGACUGGACUGACCCUUCAUGACAUCCUGUCUGUCAUUAAAGGCCAUGUACCUGAAGGACACAAGUUUAGAACAGAUCAGCCAGUCUCUGCCUCAGAAACUGUGGGCUAUGUGAAGAAGCCGAGCCUUAAAGACAAAAUCCAUUGUGUGGCCUUUGUGGUGGAUGCUUCAAAAAUCUCAGCCUACCCCAAAGGCCUCAGUGCCAUAUUUAAACAGCUCAGGAAGCACAUCAGUGACUUGGGUGUUCACCAGGUGGCUCUGCUCACUCACGUAGACCAGAUGUGUCCAGAAACAGCCAAAGAGGUCACCGCUGUUUAUGAGAGCCGCAAAAUUCAGGAUGUGAUGGGUAAAGCUGCUGCUCUGUUGGGUAUGUCCACCUCCUACAUCGUUCCAGUGAAGAACUACUCUUCAGAGCUGGACGUGGAUGUGAACACAGAUGUGCUCCUUCUUAGUGCUGUUGACCACAUCCUGCAGUAUGCUGACCUAUAUUUCCAGGACAACACAUCACAACACAAAGGGCUUAAGUUAGAUUUCUGAAACUAUGAACAAAGUUGUCACAUUUCUGUAAACACUCAUAUUUCAAUUCCAUCUGUUAGAGUUAAACAGUUUUACUUUGUUAUAAAAAUUUGUGUUUCUGUCAUUUGGACAUUUCUGUCAGAACUUUAAUCACAUCAAAUAUCUGUAUAUCAUAUCUGUUAUAUCUGUAAGACUGAUUUUUUUUUGUAUCAGUCACUGGGCUUCA